CUGUCGUGUAAAUUGAUCCCAAACAGUAUUAUAAAACACCAGAAGUAAGCUACACAGAUCAAACGUAGUAAAAAUAUACAUUCUGUUCUAACUGGAAACGUUCAAGGGGUCGAUGUAUUAGUUCGGUUGACGCAGUAUUGUGAAACAGAAUCGUCUAUGGCGGCAAGGAAAGCUAAAAUUGAUAAACAAGUGCAAUCUAUCCUAGCAGAAUAUCGGAAAGAUGUCAAGAAACGUGGUGCAGGACUUGCUAUUGCUAAGCUUUACAUGACUAAAAAAGAUUAUGUCACAGCCAAACGGUACGUGGAAGGAUUCCUUCAGGACGAAUCUAACAAUCCAGAAGGUCAUGAACUUUUGGCCGAAAUACACGAAGCUCUGGGAGACAAGAAAAACGCUUUGAAAUCCUACAAAAUAGCAUUAGAAAGUGGUGGUUCCAGAUACAGAAGACUACUACUAAAAAUAAGUGAAUUAGUCUGUGACAUAGAGUCUGAUGUAAUCAUUCUGCAGUACUGGCUUAGUGAGUGUGAGAAAGAGUACCCGAAAAGUUGCACAGCAGUCAGACUCAAGGCACACAUACACAAUAUGUCAAGAUCAGAAAAUAGUGCAACAGCAAAAAGUCAGCUAGAUAUGCACCUCGACCUCAUCAGUUCCUACACUAGUUCCAACCAGUAUGUCUUGGCGUAUGAUGCAGCUUUCACCAUCAACAAAGAGACAAAAUUUCAAGACGACCUGCUUUGGUUUGAGCAAGUGCAGUAUGUCUUUAUGGAGUAUGGCGAGCUUUGGUCUGAGAUGAAAAAAGAUCGUAACUACAACUUACAGUACUUGUACAUCUUAAGAAACUAUGCUUACUUGUGUAUGGGGACAUCAGAUGUUGAAGACUGUGUUUUUGCCGUACAAAGUUUUGACAAACAACUAAAGAACGCAUUGGAGCUCAAAUUCAAUGACACUGUAAUGGAAUUCAAUAGUACAAGAAUCCAAGGCUCAACUAUUCUUUCUGGCUGGUGUAUUAUUGCUUAAAAAAGCACAAAAGUGUCUUCUACAUUGGGAGGCUGCUGAAAAGUUUUCUGGUGCCUGUUUCCUGGCAAGUCUAAGUUUUGACCCUAUUCUACCUGAGAGUACCGUGAUCAAGGACAGAAAGUUAUACAAAUGGUGGAGCAU